AUGGAAAUGACAGACAAAGUCAAUGACACCGGAAUUAAAUCUGAGGCUUUAGUAGAGCGUCACAAAACAUUGGCGCAAUUAUUUGAUCAGAUGCGACUGCACGAAGCAAUGAUAGCGAUGAGUAGAUGGCAUUCUGGUAAAUUACAUUCAGAAAUAGUGCUGGCCUUUGUCUGUGUCGCCCACUCGCCCUCGUGCCUCCUCCACUGCGUAGAUCUCUACAGUCAGCUCCCAGGCAAGCAAGUAGCGUUUGUAUCUCACUGGAUCGAAGCUGCUGUGGCGUUAAUAAAAAUAUGUAGAAAUCCGCAGAUCUCCUCGAGUGACAGUCGACUGGCUGGCUCCAUGCUACCCGCUCUCAAGCGCGCCCGAAUACCGUUCGUAGCUGACUUUGCUCUCGCCUACCGAGUGGGCGAAAAAGAUCUCACUGCCUUCUGCUACACUUUGGUCAAGAUUCGCGUGGAGUUGGCUUGUAGCUUCAUGAGGCACCUCAGGAUGAAGCAUCUGUUGCCGACGGAAGUGGUUCUGGAUCACGUCAUUAAGCAAAAGGACUUUCGCACAGGCGACAUGUUUGUUAAGGGCCACAGAGAAAAUCAGAAAAAGUUUGUGCAGAUGAUGAUCGACUACGAUGUGCAGGACAAAGUGAUAAAGAAACGUGUUACGCUGUUUAAGUUGAAGGCCAGCACCUUUCCAGUCUACUUUGAACGGCGACAGAAAGCAACAUUGCGAUUUUUGAUUUACUCAAAAGAGUACGAACAAGCGCUGCAAUUUGUCGAGGACUCGGCAGACCUCAAAUUCUACGCAUGCAAGAUGAUCGUUCGCCACGCUGGACCGGAAGAACCUGCCACCAAGCACUUUAUUUUUCGAGCGGGGAUGGCUGAUCAAUUUUCCGAGGUUGACACUAGUGCGGAGGACUGCGAGCAUUUUAAAAAUCAGGACGAGUUGACUCCGCUUGGCACGUGCCUGUCAUUGGCUAGUGCCGUCAAUGAAGCUAACAUAUUCUUUGUGGAUACCCCGGCGGCGCUGCAGACAUGUGCUGAUUAUCUUAUGAGCCAGCCAGCUGUUGGCUUUGACUCGGAGUGGAAAGCAGUCCACAUUUCGACUGGCUUAGAUGGAGGUCCCGCCAAGUGUGCGCUCGUGCAGCUAGCCUCCCGUGAAAAGGUAUUUGUUGUGGAUGUGAUGGCGCUGUACAACCAUGGAAAUAUCUUAGCCCCAGUUUUUGAGUCAGACUCAGUGGUGAAGCUAGGGUUUGAUACAAGAGGUGAUGUGAAAGCACUUCGUUCUUUUUUGACGGGAAGGUAUGCCACCGACAACGUCAUGUCGAUGCUUGUGGACCUACAAACUGUCGCACGAAAGCUUUUUGCGAUAGAAGGUACCGCUGUUCCAGAUAUUGGGUCGAUAGAUGACGUCAACAAAGGUGAGAACAUUGACAAAAGCGAAGUGUCGAUAGCCGAGCAGAGUGUCAAUAGCUCGGCAUCGUAUUGCAAGGUGUCGGGAUCUGAGAAGAAACCAAGAAAAUGGAGGAAAAGGUACAGCACAACAAGUGAUAGUCGUACAAGCGUGAAGCUUUCUGGUUUGGGUCUGGCAGCAAUUGCAGAAACCUAUUUGGGUUUGCCACUUGACAAGCGUGCGCGCAUGUCGGAUUGGGAACGUCGCCCACUCACACAAGCUCAGCUUCACUACGCUGCUUUGGAUGCGCACGUGCUUAUCCAGAUCUACUAUAAAAUGCAAGAACAGCAUCAAAUUGAUACAUUCGAGGCGGUGGUAAAAGGAUGUACGCAAAAACGUGUCAAGUAA